AUGACAUCUCCGCACGCCAAUCAAGAAGCUCUCAAGAUCAUUCUUACAAAAUUGAAUCGUCUCGAACUUCGCUUCAAUGGAAUAGACGGCAGGCUAGGUGCCAUUGAAUGCUCUGUGGUAUCUGACACCAGCACAAACCUUCCAAGCAGCCCAACGGCUCGACAGUCCGUGUCAAGCUGUACAUGCACCCUCAGUGAUAUUCCUCAACCGCUAUUCCAAGAGGAGUACAAACUCCGGCAAUGUUCUGCUUCGACAUACAGAGCCUCGGUUGAUAGACUACGCCGUCGCUUCGAAUUCGAUGCUUGCUCUGAGAUCGCCCCAAGAAUCUCCGAGGAAGAAGUCGUCUCUCCAGAAUUCGAUUUAGAGGAGAUAAUCGACGGCUACUCUGAUGCUCAAUCCGUAUCUGUCUACCCGUCACGCUCGGUAUCACGAUUUUCGUUUGGUCCUCGCGAAUCGAGGCCGAGUCGCGAUAUUCCCGAUAUUCCCUCUCUACGAUACGAAGACUUGAUGGUUCAUGCUGAGCAGACUUCAUACACGGAGUCAAGUAGACGGAGCAGAAGAAGCUCAGCGACCGAAACAUUCUCAGAGACAUACGACUCGCCUAGCACGGCUGCGACUUCAUUUACUCAAGGAUCAUGGGCUGGCAGCAGGCGAAGCUCGACUGCGGGCACUUGCAGCAAAAGAAGGGAUUCACUUCGACGCGCCGGUACCCUAAAAGUCAAUGAAGGCCCAAAGACAGAAAACAGAAACAUAGACGCUCCUACGGGGAUGGAACAGGACCCGCCUGUUGCUACAAAGACAAAUUUUAUGAGCGCUGGGGAACGAGAAGACGUCUUGCGUGUCUACCAGAAGGCACAAAAAAGGGCUAAGGCAUGCUUCGCUUUUGGCCAAAGGUUCAUGUACAGAAUAGGGAAACGCAUGGUGAAUAUGUCAGCAGUUGAAAAAGCUUGA